GGGGCCGCGCGCGGCGGGGAGCGGGGCCUGGUGCGGGGGAUCGGUCGGGCCGGGUUGGCGGCGGAGCGGGGCCGGGCGGUCGCCAUGCCGGAGCUGGCGGUGGACCGUGUGGUGGUGCACCCGCUGGUGCUGCUCAGCGUCGUCGAUCACUUCAACAGAAUAGGAAAAGUUGGAAAUCAGAAGCGAGUCGUCGGUGUGCUGCUGGGCUCGUGGCAGAAAAAAAUACUAGAUGUGUCCAACAGUUUUGCAGUACCUUUUGAUGAGGACGACAAGGAUGAUACUGUGUGGUUUCUAGACCAUGACUAUCUGGAGAACAUGUAUGGAAUGUUUAAGAAGGUCAACGCUAGAGAAAGAAUAGUCGGUUGGUACCACACGGGCCCGAAACUGCACAAGAAUGACAUUGCCAUCAAUGAACUGAUGAAAAGAUACUGUCCUAACUCAGUGCUGGUCAUUAUUGAUGUGAAGCCAAAGGACCUGGGGCUGCCCACAGAAGCUUAUAUUUCGGUUGAAGAAGUUCACGAUGACGGCACUCCGACCUCCAAGACGUUUGAGCAUGUCACCAGUGAGAUCGGAGCAGAGGAGGCAGAGGAAGUUGGUGUUGAACACUUGCUACGAGACAUCAAGGAUACAACGGUGGGCACUCUGUCCCAGCGGAUCACAAAUCAGGUCCAUGGCUUGAAGGGACUGAACUCCAAGCUUCUGGACAUCAGGAGCUACCUAGAGAAAGUAGCCAUGGGCAAACUCCCCAUCAAUCACCAGAUCAUCUACCAUCUUCAAGAUGUCUUCAACCUGCUACCAGAUGUCAACCUGCAAGAGUUUGUCAAGGCCUUUUAUCUGAAGACCAACGACCAGAUGGUGGUAGUUUAUCUGGCUUCUCUUAUCCGUUCCGUGGUUGCCCUCCACAACCUCAUUAACAACAAGAUUGCCAACAGGGAUGCAGAGAAGAAAGAAGGACAGGAAAAAGAAGAAAGUAAAAAGGAGAGAAAAGAUGAGAAGGAGAAAGACAAGGAGAAGAGCGAUGUCAAGAAAGAGGAGAAAAAGGAGAAAAAGUAAAAUGUGUAGUUUUUUUAUUUGUAAAUUAAAAAUCUUGUAAACUAAA